UGCUUUGAAGCAAAAUAUUAACUUCAAACAGAAAAGGUCAAAUCAGAGCUUUUAGGCUUCAGACCCUCAUGAAUGAAUUGUGUAUAUAAUGAAAGGAAAUAUACUGAGUGAAGAAAAAGGCAUGUUGCAACUGCAGUUUUUUCUCUAAGACAUCUCAGGUUUAAUCUCAGGAUUAAUGGUUCAUUACAUCGUCAUAGUUAAAGAAUUUUUAAAAAUAAGUGAUGUAGAGAGCAUUUACAAACCGCUAAAAGGUGCGGACUAGCUGUCAGUUAAUUCCUCUGAAAAUCAAUCUUUAAACAGCGAUAGGGAAAUGUUUUUGCUUCUAAAUGCAUUUAUUUUUAUAAAUAGUUUUAGUUGAUAAGUAAAUGUAAUUUUUAAAAUGAUAAUUAUUUGCAAAUGUAGACUGAACAUGAGAACAAGCCCAGGAAAUUGGGGGGGGGGGGGGUGGCUUACGAACACCCUUGUUUUUCUCCUGCAGUGUCAGUACUCUGUCCUGCAGGGGGCGCUGCUGUUACAUUUCACUCACCUACACCACCGAAGCAGUGUGAUCAGUAAUGGCCUCUUUCUGUUAACACUAGAAGCUUGUUUAGCUUUAAUGGUUUCCAUUUUUUUCUGCCGAAACGUCUCUAAUGUUGGAGUUUCACCGUCCUUCGUCCGUGUGGCUCCCAGUUUAAAAAUGAAAUAUCUUUCCACGAUGUAAAAGACGAAGCUCUCGUUUGCCCGGCAAUAACACUUGGACUGCAGAAUGAAUCAACGUGAGUGGAAAGAUGCUGUCCACAGACUCCAGAGACUUCUGGAGCCAAGCUGCCACAGCAUGGGGAAUGCCUCCAGAGGUCACAGAGACUGGGACACUUACCAUGAACACUCGAGAUAUACUGUUCCUGAACCACAAAGGAGUGAUGUGAGGUGGAAAGAGCUCAGUCCUUCAUCUCAUCAUGUUCAUAGUAAAGUCCCAGAGGUGGAGGACCCGGAUGGAGAGCCGCUGCCAUACAGUGAAGAGGAUGUAGAGCUAGCAAGAAAGCAGCAGCUCCUCAGAGAGAUGGAGGAGAGAAUUAUGCACAAGAAAGCUACCCUCGCCAUGAAAACGCAGUUUGUGGAGACACCACCAGGUGUUUCUGGUGACAAGCAGCCGGCUAUGUGUGUAGGUCAAACUCUAAGAGACAGAGUGAAGGAGAUUCUGAUGCAGCGACAAUAUCUCAGCUAUUUCUCAAAGGUGCAGUUAGCCAGAGAGAGAAGGAGCUCUUCCUGCCGGAGCAAAGGUGGUGUGCUGCAGGAACAGCAUCCUCUGAAGCUCAGAGUGAAGGCUCUAAUGAAGAAGAGACACACUGUUUUACCACCUUACAGCGAACAGGGCCCUGACAUCACGUGGCCUCCUUCCAGCCGAAGCGUUACAUCACCACCUAAGAGAGAGGACGUCAUCAACAAGGGUUUCGAGUGCUUCCUCAGCGUGCUCAACAAAGGAGUGGACAUCAACUUGCUCAAACCUGAGGAUGACUGUGGCGAGGUCCCUGGUGUGUCACUGCCACCUCUCGGCCGAAGCAUUUCUUCACCAGCAAAGGAUGAAAAUAAUGUCAACAAGGGUUUUGAGCGCUUCCUCAACAUCCUCAACAAAGGCGUUGACAUCGAAAAGUUUAGCAGGAUUAUGAGAAAUGAUAGAGAGGAUCUUCCUUUAGGUGAGGAGCCUCUGAACAUUCAGCUCCCUGAGGUGGGGAGCAAAUCAGAUCCACCUUUUAGGACUGAGAAGCAACAGCUGAACAGUGGAGCUUCACUGCUGGGCCUCAGACAGCCCAGUGAGAGUCUACUCAGCAUGGACAAUGACAUUGAGGCAAGCCUCACCCAGAGAAAGGAAAGCCAACGGUUGUUUAGUGGUGCCUCACUGGAACGUCUCAGCCCACUCAGUGAAAACCAGUGCUCAAACAGUCGAGCCAUUCUGUUACUCAGCCAGGCCAGUGAGAGCCAGCGGUCGAAGACUGGAGCCUCGCUGAAAGGCUUCAGCCAGCCCAGCAAGAGUAUUGGCAGCGGUGCCUCACAGCCAGUACUCAGCAAAGCCAGUGACAGUGAGCAGGCAGGCAGUGGAGCCCUGCUGACAGACCUCAACCAGGCUAGUGAAAGCCAACAGUUAAAUACCGGAGCCUCACUGCCAGGCUUCAGCCUACCUAGUGAGAACCAGCACUCAAAAACUAGACCCAUUCUUCUAAGCCACGGACGGGAAAGUGAGAGCCAGCGGUCGAAGAGUGGAUCCUCACUGAAGGAUCUCAGUCAGAAAAAUGAGAGUCUACUCAGUACAGUCAAUGAAGGUGAACCAGGCCUCAACCAGGCAAAGGAAAGCCAACGAUUAAAUACUGGAGCCUUGCUGAAGGGCCUCAGCCAGCCCAGUGAAGGUACUGGGAAUAGUGCUUCACAGCCUGGACUUAACAAAGCCAAAGACAGUGUGCAGUCAGACAGUGGAGUCCAGCUAAUGGGCUUCAGCCAAGCCAGUGAAAGCCAACAGUUAAAUACUGGAGCCACAUCACCCAGUGAGAACCAACUCUCAAACACUAAGCCCAUUAGGCUAAGCCUCAACUGGGCAAGCAAGAGCCAGCCUUUAAAGAGUGGUACCCUAAUUCCUGGGCUCGGUGAUGACAGUGACAGCAAGUCAAACGGUGGAGACCUGCUGGCAGGCCUCAACAAGACCAACAGUGGAGAGAAAAAGACUGAUUCAUCUACUCGAGAGAGGCUCUUCUUACCUGGUGAUGAGGAGAAGAAGAAGAAGGGCAAAAGAGACCACAGUUUGGGCUCUAGUAAUCGAUCAAAGUCGCCGGUGGCAGUGAAGAAGAAGAAGGAGGAGGAAGAGGAAAAAGAAGAAACCUCAUCGGUGAGUGAGCAGCAUGAACAGCUGCAGAGCAUUCUUAAAACUCUGGGAUGGAACCUGGACGUGAACGAGCUGAGCAAACUGGCAAACCGCACUCAGGAGAGGCUUUGUGGGAGGAAAAACGAACGUGCGAACAGCAGAGAGGAGCACGAGAGCCGCCAGAAGCACUCUCGUGACCGAGAUCGCAGGAAGUCGUCACGCUCUCCUCUGCGGAGCAGCAAAACAGACGAGAGUCAGGAGAGAAUGCAUGGGAGGAAGAGCGAAGGGAGGGUGAGGAAGAGUGAAGGGAGGAGGAGGACUGACAGCAGAGGGGAGGACGAGACACAGCAGACACGCUCCCUUAGAGAUCACAGAAAUUCCUCUUCCUCAUCUUCCUCCAGGUCAGCCUCUAGAAACUCUAGCCCAAGCCCCUCACGCCGUCGGCGCUCUCGCAGCAGAGAUUUGAAACGGCGGCGAAAGGCCGAACGAAGCCGCUCGCGAGAAAGAAGCAGAGAGAGACUGAAACACAGAGAUAGACGGAACAGCAGAGAAACACUGAGGGACAGAGAGCGAAAAGACUCGAAACAUUUUUCUCCUUAUCCUUAUUCACAAAAUCCCGUGUUUCCUCAUCCUGCUGCUUCUCCGUUUCCAGACUACACUUUGUCUCAGUACUCACAUUUCGCUGUUACCCAGAGUGGCCACUACAGCGGUGCUACAAAUCCUUACUGGUCAUAUAAUCAGUAUAACAUUCCUCCCUCUCUUUCUGCCAGCGGCCAUCCUUACCCACACUUUCCUGGCUCUGUAGUGGCACCUAACAUGGCUCUCCCUGAUCCCAGCCUUCUUACGAACAGUGCCUCAUUUCCAAACCCGGACCUGUCUGUGAGCGAAGGCCAAGAUGGGUCAGCCUCUGUUUCUCGCUGCCUGAGAGUCAUCAAUACCGAGCAGGCAUCCUCUCAGAGCCUCACAGGUAGACACAACUGGAGACGGGGUCACAAAGAACUUAUGGGAGAUUUCAGGAAUCCCAAAGGUAUUUUAGAGAAACACAAUAAUGCAUUAAAGUCACCACUGGCACCACAGGACUCAAAGGUAUGCACAAAGACUGUGGGUAAUGACCCCAGCACUGAGGAGAUAAAAGAGGAGAAGCCGCAGCUAACAGAGGAGGAAAUAAAGGCGAACCUGAGGAAAAAGCUUGAAGCGUUUAACCAGAAGGCGAAGAACACGAGCCAGCUGCCUCACUCCAAAGUCAUGCAGCCAGCAAACUCCCUGAUCUCUGAGAUAGACUGAAGCGUCUGUGUCCUGUGAAGAUUUUUACUUUGUAUUUUUUCAGCCUUGUUCACAUUUGUCCCUGACCUCUAAUGCCUGACUGUCAUCUGAAAAAGGUUUUUGCACAGUUCAUUAUUGGUCUGCUUUCGUGUUUUAGCUCUGCGCUUCUAUGAAUGUCAUGAGUUUUGCUUAAAGUUGAUUACGAGAACUAUUUUUUGUAGGCCGUACUGUAGUUUGUUAAUGAAAAAUGUAUAUUUUCAUUGUUAAAAAGGUUUCAGCCUGUACAGUUUCCGGUUUUACAUUCACUCUGUCACACUAAUAAAGAAAUCUUA